AUGGCACCAAGAAUAUAUUCAAUACUAAAUAAUAAACCAUUAUUAUUUGAAUUAUGUGGAAUUAGUGCUAUGGGAAAUGAAGAAGCUACAAGAGUUAUUUAUAUUAAAGUAAAAACAAAUGAUGAACAAAUAAAUAAAAUUAUUGAAGAAAUUAAACAAACUUUUAAUAAAUAUUUAGACAAACAAAGUCAAAGUGAAGUUAUUCUUCAUAUGACGUUAUUUAAUACAAAUAAAUUAAAAAAUGGAAAGUCUUUUGUUAUUGAUGCAUCUGAUAUAGUUAGAAAAUAUACAGGUAAAUCUUUUGGAAAAUAUAAAGCUGAAUCUUUGGUAUUCUCUUCAAUGAUUAAUAAAAUAAUGGGAACUAAGUAUGCUCUUAUUAAUUCUAUUCCUCUUCCUUAA